AUGACUCGAUCAGGUCCAUAUGGAGCGAAAUCGAAACGCAAGCGACCGAAGCGGUGUACUCUCGGUAUCUAUCACACGGGAUCUGUUAUUUUGUUCAUCGGCAUUAUCGUGGCUAUUGUCGGAGUGGCCACGAGUCGCCUAUUCCAUGUGUAUGUGUACGACCAUCGGAAGCCAGCUCGUUUCCUGCAUGUGCACAUUCCCGUGGGGCUCUUCUCUCAGGACGCGGAGGUCACGUGGCUCUCAUUAGCUCAAGAUAAGCUACCUUAUGGUUUGGAAUUAAACGAUCUACAACAGUUGGGCGGGUCGUCUGAAGGGUAUAAUCGUUUAUGGGGAAAAUAG